GGGGGGCGGCACUGUGUGAGGUGUACGUACUGACGACACGUGAUAGCCUACUGGGCUCUAUGAAUGGAAAUAUCGACAGAAUAUAGUAUCAUUAAAAACAAAAGUGCAGAUGUAAAUCAACCAUGCACGGGGAACUAAUUCUGAUGAUCAAAUCUUGUCAGGAUAAAAUGAUUGUACAUGUGGUGUAACAUUAGAAUAAAACUCCACUGACGGAAUGCCUCGGAAUCAUUGGAUUGCAAUCAACGACGGAGCAGCACGGACUAUCGAUAGGCUAUGUACUGCCUGUAGCCUGGUCGACUCCUCUCGUACGACAGCCUACUGAGAUCGGUGUGUCGAGAAUCGGUAUGGUAGUUUAACAACAGCGAUGUCGGCCUGGCAGUUGAUGCGGCACGCACCUGUAGCCUGCUGCCAAAGGACCAGGUUGAGACGGCAGAGAGACACACUGAUUGGCUGGAGGAACCUGUGGAGAGAUGACGCACCAGAGUGUCCAGAGGACUGAUCCAAGUUGACUACAGACAACUGGAGAGGAUUAAGAGACUCUGAGAUGGUAUCUGGAGGAGUCCCCAGAUCAUAACGUCUGACGUUAGAACCUUCCGGACAGUACUCUGUCACCUUGUCACUGCCAGAGGUGUUGUGUAGUCCGUUCUAAUUGAAAGAGAAACUGUAAGAGGCGCCGGGGAUUAUGGGACGUUGGACCCGCGGUGGAGUGACUCCUGGUUAGUUCCCAGGGGGGCCCAAUGAGUGGUAGCAGCCAUAACACCAGCCUGCUACGGGGCCGCCGUUUCUACUGUCGGGAAUGGGCCCUGGAAAAGCUCCAGCGCUGUCUGGAAGCCAAGCCCGCUCCCGGCCGGCCCCCGGGGAUCCUGGUAACUGGGGGUCCCGGGGCAGGAAAGACAGCUUUAUGCACGGAGGCAAUAUGGCCCAACUCGGACGCAGGGAUGCGGGUCGGGCUGGCGCCCCACUGCCUUGCAUUUCACUUCUGCCAGCGGGAGGACGGGAGGAGCGUGGCGGUGUGGAGGUUUGUCCUGGGACUGGUGGAUCAGCUGAGGGUCAGCCCCCUCCUCCCCCUGGGGUACAGGGACACACUGGACAGCCCGUUGGUGGCUCCCACCCUGGAGCCCCUACACUGCCAGAGGGACCCGGAUGACACCUUCAAAAGGGCGGUGUUGUUUCCCUUGCUGGACCUCCCUCCCCCAGAGAAGUCCCUAUUCCUGGUGGUAGACUCACUGGAAUCGGGGUAUGGGGCCGGUGAGGUGUCCAGCUGUGCUGGGGCUCCAGGGAGGAGCAGCUCUAUCUCAGAGCUCCUGUCCAGUCACCAGCACCUCCUGCCCAACUGGCUGCUCCUGGUCUGCUCUGUGCGCAGACAGAACAAGGCUGUGUGUAAGAUGUUCUCAGGUUUCCGUAAACUGUGUCUGGACGAUCUGCGUAAACCUGCGCCGGUACGUGACGUGCAGCACUAUAUCCUGCGGAGGCUGGACCAGGAGGGGGCGCUCCGUCGACAGCUGACCCCCGAGACGGCCGACAUGCUCAACUUGCUGCACAUCAAGAGUGGCGGCUGCUUCCUGUUUCUGGAACGCGUUCUAGACGGCGUGGCGGGGGCCUUGGUGGGGCUCCGGGAGAUCCGGGACAUCCCCGGGACCCUCAACGGCCUCUACUUGUGGCUCUGUCAGAGACUCUUCCCCAGAGGCCUGUUCCUCCGAGUCAGGCCCCUCUUCAACACCCUCCUGGCCUCCCCCAGGCCCCUCACCACCCAGGAGCUCUACACCGCCACCUGGACCCAGGACAUGUCCCUCAGCCUUCUGGACUUCCAGAGCAGGCUACAGGCUCUGUCCACGCUGCUCAUCGACGGGCCGGGAGGCAGCAAGCUUCUGUUCCACACUAGUUUUGCAGAGUGGCUGACGGACGUGAAGUACUGCACCCAGAAGUAUCUGUGUAGUGUGUCUGAGGGACACACCAUGCUGGCCAUGGCUCUCACCCUGCGCGCCCCACACCUUAACACAGAGGACACCUGUCAGAUGGGCUCGCACCUGGUCAGCUCAGGCAUGCACAAGGACAACCCUGCCCUCCUGGCCCUGUGGCUGUUGUGGGCUGAUGUGCCCCCUCUGACUAGCCCCUUUUCCCCCUCUUCCCCUGCCUCUCAGCCCCCUGUCCUGGUCAGGCAGGAGGUCCUCCAGCUGCUGAUGAAGAGUGGGGUGUUCCCUCCCUCCUGUGCCCCAGAUGGAGGCCCCAGCGUGGGGGUACAUUGUGCAGGAGACGGGGGAGGCAUCAUCGGGCAGGCGCUGGAGAAGCAGGACACAGUGAGGGUGCUACUGGACAGCGGGGUCAGCGUGAACCGGGCCGACCCCACAGACGGACGCACCCUCCUGGCCAGCGCGGCCCAUGCAGGCUCAGCUGAAGUGACCGACCUACUCCUGUCCCGAGGGGCUGACCCUCUGAUCAGUGACCACCAGGGCCAGACCCCCUUAACGCUGUCUGCCAGGCAGGGCCAUGUCAGGGUGCUGGGGAUGCUGCUGGACUGGGCCAGGGGGCUGGAUCUGGAGGCCGGCGUGGGGAUGGUGGAGCAUGCAGACAGCGAGGGCUGGACGGCCUUACGGUCAGCGGCCUGGGGGGGUCACACCGAGGCCGUGCACCUCCUCCUGGAUGCAGAGGCGGACGUGGACGGGUGUGAUGCUGAAGGCCGAUCGGCGCUGAGGGCGGCGGCCUGGGGGGGUCACGAGGAGAUCCUCCUUACUCUGCUGGACCACGGGGCGCAGGUGGACAAGGUCGACCGGGAGGGCCGCACUCCACUGAUUGCCGCCGCCUACAUGGGCCAUCGGGAGGCGGUAGAGAUCCUGCUGGACCACGGGGCAGAGGUCGACCUGGCCGACGGAGACGGCCGUACUGCCCUGUCAGUGGCUUCUCUCUGUGUGCCCACAGCGGCUGGAGUCAAAGGUUACGGCGAAGUGGCCAGCCUACUGUUGGAGCGAGGGGCGGACCCGGGGCACAAGGACCAGGAUGGGAUGACCCCUCUGCUGCUGGCUGCGUAUGAAGGUCACGAGGAGGUGGUAGAACUGUUAUUAGAGGCUGGGGCAGACGUAGACGAGAGCGCCGGGCCACACGCCGCCGCCGCUUCUGCAGCCGUCACUCCGCUGUUGGCGGCAGCCGCCAUGGGCCAUUCCGCGACAGUGGGCAGGGUGCUGUUCUGGGGCGCUACGGUGGAUGGCAUCGACGGAGAGGGUCGUACAGCUCUGAGCCUGGCAGCAGCACGGGGCAGUGUGGAGGUGGUCAGAGCACUUCUGGACCGAGGGCUGGAUGAGAACCAUAAAGACGAUCUGGGCUGGACCCCUCUGCACGCCGCCGCCUGCGAGGGCCACCGGGGGGUCUGUGCCGUCCUAACGGAGCGUGGGAGCAUGGCGCGUGUCGGAGAAAUGGACAUCGAGGGACGGACUCCCCUCAUCCUGGCAGCGCAGGAGGGCCACUGUGGCACGGUGAGGCUUCUGCUGGACCGCCGCUCACCCAUCGACCACCGGGCGUACGACGGCCACUCUGCGCUGAGCGCCGCCGCCCUGGAGGGCCACGCUGAGGUGGUGGAGCUACUGAUGAGGCGGGGCACGGACACGGAUGUACGGGACGCAGAGGGCCGUCCGCUGCUCUACCUCCUGGUCCUGGAGGGAAAUCUGGACAUGGCUGCCCUCAUUAUGGAGAAAGGGGGCGUGCCCCUGGAGUCCCGGGACGGGGAGGGGCGCACGGCGCUGCACGUGGCCUCCUGGCAGGGCAACCUGGAUGCAGUGGGGCUGCUGUUGAGCCAUGGGGCGGACCCUAACACCCAGGACGGGGAGGGACGACCCCCCUUGCACUCCGUAGCCUGGCGGGGUCAUGUUGAGCCUGGUCGUCUGCUCCUGGAGGUUAGGGGGGUCAACGUGGAUCUGGCCUGCAGACAGCAGGGGGCCACGGCACUGAGCAUCGCGGCUCAGGAGGGCCACGCUAAUAUCGUUGCCAUGCUACUGGAGGGAGGGGCCAACCCGGACCACGUAGACAAGUACGGCCGCAGCCCCGUCAAGGUGGCCGGGAAGAGGGGCCACUUCACCAUCGUCAGGCUGCUGGAGAGCUACGGAGCCAAACCGUACUCAGUCCGUCUGCCCCCGUCCAACACCCUGUCGCCACGGUCAUCCACUGUGAAGAGCCCGUCCUCCGUCUGCUCAGGGAGUAACGUGGCCCAGGCAGGGCGUCAUCAUGGUGCUAGCACCUCCACCUCCUCAGCCUCCUGCUCCCCAGGCUCCACAGCCGAGCAUUUCCAUUCCAUCCAUAGCUCCCAGACAUCCUCCUCCACAGCCCACUCCCAGGCCACGGUGCAGACCGUCCCCGCUGACAGCCUGUCCUUCACCCAGCAGAUCCAGCAGCACUCCCUUCCACGCUGUCGCUCCCGUCACUCCACCCUGCCUCCACCUGGCUCCGCCCGUGGUAGCCUGCACGGAACCAACCGCAGGGCCCAAUGCCCUAAGGCCAGCCCUCCUCCACCCACCCUCUGCACAGUCACGGCCAUGGUGCAUGACUCUGAACAGACUUACAAAGGCUACCCAGCAGGGUUCGACUAUCCCAGUAAACACAACCCCCCCAGCCUGAUCCAGGAGGAGAGGUCUCAGUACGGAGGGGGGAGGUGGAACUCUGUCAUGGCUUCUCUAGGGGUGACGCCUGGACAAGAUGGCCCCAAAAACAGGGACAGUCUCCCUAUGGGCUACCCCUACCAGGUCCAGAGCCCGACUCAGAGAGAGACAUGGGAGGAGAACCGGAAGAUGUCUAUAUCCCCCGGUAGUGCCUUAACUCCUCCCUGCAUGGUGGUCAUGACGACCACGGACCCCCAGCUCAACCUGAAACAGGCCAUCAAGCUGCAGUUUGAAGGUCCCACCAGCGCUGCCUUAUACAAGAGGGAGACGCCCCUGUGAACUCUGACCUAACGGUGGACGUAGGAGUUCAAGGGUCUGUUUUCAGAACGGAUAAUGGUUCUUACGGGGCAGAUGAGAGCGGAAGGGGCAUCUCUCUCACUCCCACCCCCUCGCCGCCUUCAGCUCAGCGGACCAGAGGAAGAAUGGAGAGGCUGAAAGACUUCAAAGCCGUUUACAUUCCAGACUUUCUCCGUCGCCUGUUCUGAGCAGCCGUCACUAAAUAGUGGACACACACAUACACACACACACACACACACAUUCCUCAGACACAAAGCCUUGUGCCAUGGACAAGUCGGAUGGAGAGGGGCUAUCGGUCUACCCUCCUGCUGAUCUACCACACAGAGACAGACCAGAGUGUGUGUGACAGUUCUCUGACCAGAGAGUGAGAGAGUGUGUGUGUGUGUGUGUGUGUGUGUGUGUGUGUGUGUGUGUGUGACAAUUCUGUGACACACAGACCCAACACAGGGCUGUGGUCUCACCAGGGUUUGACGUUUAACCAAUCAUCAAUGGACUUCUUCAGAAGUCAAACGUUUCUACUCUACGGUAGAAAACAUUCAUUUGAAGCCACCACAGAACAGCCAAUAUAUGUGUGAAAGGGUUCUCACUAAGAUGAGACGAGAUGGGCAAGGAGACCCACGACAACACACUCACACAGAACUUAAGAUCGUUUUUUUAUAUAUAUAGGAGCUCUUUUUCACACCGUAGCUGUUCUGAAAGCCACGAUUCUACUGCCUGUGUGAGGGCACUAUUGAUGCCUUGAUCUUCCUCCAGAGUUUUGCUCUCUCUACUUUUAAAACCCCGAGACAUGGCAGGUAUUACUAGCUUGGAGUCUGUCGACGUGUAUCUAUGGCGGCUUGGAGUCUGUCGACGUUCAUCUAUGGCAGCUUGGAGUCUGUCGACGUGCAUCUAUGGCGGCUUGGAGUCUGUCGACGUUCAUCUAUGGCAGCUUGGAGUCUGUCGACGUGUAUCUAUGGCGGCUUGGAGUCUGUCGACGUUCAUCUAUGGCAGCUUGGAGUCUGUCGACGUGUAUCUAUGGCAGCUUGGAGUCUGUCGACGUGUAUCUAUGGCAGCUUGGAGUCUGUCGACGUGUAUCUAUGGCAGCUUGGAGUCUGUCGACGUGCAUCUAUGGCAGCUUGGAGUCUGUCGACGUGUAUCUAUGGCAGCUUGGAGUCUGUCGACGUGUAUCUAUGGCGGCUUGGAGUCUGUCAACGUGCAUCUAUGGCAGCUUGGAGUCUGUCAACGUGCAUCUAUGGCAGCUUGGAGUCUGUCGACGUGUAUCUAUGGCAGCUUGGAGUCUGUCGACGUGUAUCUAUGGCAGCUUGGAGUCUGUCGACGUGUAUCUAUGGCAGCUUGGAGUCUGUCGACGUGCAUCUAUGGCGGCUUGGAGUCUGUCGACGUGCAUCUAUGGCAGCUUGGAGUCUGUCGACGUGUAUCUAUGGCAGCUUGGAGUCUGUCGACGUGCAUCUAUGGCAGCUUGGAGUCUGUCGACGUGUAUCUAUGGCAGCUUGGAGUCUGUCGACGUGUAUCUAUGGCAGCUUGGAGUCUGUCGACGUGCAUCUAUGGCAGCUUGGAGUCUGUCGACGUGCAUCUAUGGCAGCUUGGAGUCUGUCAACGUGCAUCUAUGGGCGCUUGGAGUCUGUCGACGUGUAUCUAUGGCAGCUUGGAGUCUGUCGACGUGUAUCUAUGGCAGCUUGGAGUCUGUCGACGUGCAUCUAUGGCGGCUUGGAGUCUGUCGACGUGCAUCUAUGGCAGCUUGGAGUCUGUCGACGUGUAUCUAUAGCAGCUUGGAGUCUGUCGACGUGUAUCUAUGGCAGCUUGGAGUCUGUCGACGUGUAUCUAUAGCAGCUUGGAGUCUGUCGACGUGUAUCUAUAGCAGCUUGGAGUCUGUCGACGUUCAUCUAUAGCAGCUUGGAGUCUGUCGACGUGUAUCUAUAGCAGCUUGGAGUCUGUCGACGUGUAUCUAUGGCAGCUUGGAGUCUGUCGACGUGUAUCUAUAGCAGCUUGGAGUCUGUCGACGUGUAUCUAUAGCAGCUUGGAGUCUGUCGACGUUCAUCUAUAGCAGCUUGGAGUCUGUCGACGUGUAUCUAUAGCAGCUUGGAGUCUGUCGACGUUCAUCUAUAGCGGCUUGGAGUCUGUCGACGUUCAUCUAUAGCAGCUUGGAGUCUGUCGACGUUCAUCUAUAGCAGCUUGGAGUCUGUCGACGUGUAUCUAUGGCAGCUUGGAGUCUGUCGACGUGCAUCUAUGGCGGCUUGGAGUCUGUCGACGUGUAUCUAUGGCAGCUUGGAGUCUGUCGACGUGUAUCUAUGGCAGCUUGGAGUCUGUCAACGUGCAUCUAUGGCAGCUUGGAGUCUGUCGACGUGUAUCUAUGGCAGCUUGGAGUCUGUCGACGUGUAUCUAUGGCAGCUUGGAGUCUGUCAACGUGCAUCUAUGGCAGCUUGGAGUCUGUCGACGUGUAUCUAUGGCAGCUUGGAGUCUGUCGACGUGCAUCUAUGGCAGCUUGGAGUCUGUCGACGUUCAUCUAUAGCAGCUUGGAGUCUGUCGACGUGCAUCUAUGGCAGCUUGGAGUCUGUCGACGUUCAUCUAUGGCGGCUUGGAGUCUGUCGACGUGUAUCUAUGGCAGCUUGGAGUCUGUCGACGUGUAUCUAUGGCAGCUUGGAGUCUGUCGACGUGCAUCUAUGGCAGCUUGGAGUCUGUCAACGUGCAUCUAUGGCAGCUUGGAGUCUGUCGACGUGUAUCUAUGGCAGCUUGGAGUCUGUCGACGUGUAUCUAUGGCAGCUUGGAGUCUGUCGACGUUCAUCUAUGGCAGCUUGGAGUCUGUCGACGUGCAUCUAUGGCAGCUUGGAGUCUGUCGACGUGUAUCUAUGGCAGCUUGGAGUCUGUCGACGUGUAUCUAUGGGCGGCCACGAGCCAUACAAAUUCAGCAGAAAAGACCGCAGUCCCACCAAAGCCUGACCUAGCCUACGAUGCUGUUGAAAUGCUGCUAUGUUUAUGACAUUAACCAACCAGCAGGCGGAAUGUUCCAGCACACUCUGAGUAAUGCCGUUGGAAAGGAACUGCUAAUGAUGACAUAAAUCUAAAGAGAGAUUAGAAAAGAAAGACAGAAAGUGGGACUUUAGCUAUUCAUUUUAAAUCAUUGAUCUGGCCUAAGUACUUUCCAUUUGUCCUUGUUGCCAUUUUAUUCACAUUUGAAAGCAUAAUGCUGUUCUUUAAUUAAAAUUGCAGACGUGCUGUAACUAAUG